AUAGUUAUUUAAGCACGUACUGAGUUCCUUAAUUUAUUUCAGAUUAGGAGUUGAGCAAAACGGAAAGGUGUCAGCAUGAGGUCGGCGCUGUUUCUUGCAAUCCUUCUUGUGCUCAUCGCGUCAGCGGUAUCUUGGAGAAGGCGCAGGCGCAGACGUUGCGCGCCCCAAAACUGUGAAGUAGGGAGCUGGACAUCAUGGAGUCAUUGUAACCAGGCCUGUGGGCGACACGGUACUCAGAGGCGCAUGCGCACUAAGACGAAAAGCGAGAGUUGUGGCGGAAAGUGUUCCUUUGUCUUGGUGGAAAUGCGCAGCUGCAACAGACUAUCUUGUGCUGGAAAAACCUUGAAAUACCGGCUGGAGUACGUGGUUAAAGCGUGGGCUCCCUUGGUAUAUCUGCACAAGGACGAGAAGUUCAGACCCUCUGAUGUGGACUUUUUCUUGAGUUAUGUAAACAUGGUGAACUCAAGAGAUAAGAAGACCUGCAAAAAGACAACAUUGACGUCGUCCAACCUUUGCAGUGGGCAUAAAUAUGAUUUCUUGGAGACCAAAGUUCCCCUGAGUAAACCCUCAGCCACAAAUGGCCGCGUGCUCUUUGGCAUAACUUCAAGCACCGUAAAGGCCUACGCGAUCACCAAGACCACCACCAAUCGGUACUACGACGUCUACUACUGGCUGUUCUACCCCUACAAUCGUGGAAAGAGGGUCUGCAUCGGCCUGAAACCCAAGUACAUCGGGUGUAUCGGCGGCUACAGCACCUUCGGGCACCACGUCGGCGACUGGGAGCACGUGACCAUUCGUCUCAAUUGGAAUAUGGAGCCGUUACAGUUGUACGCGAGUGCUCACAAUUUCGGCACUCGGUACAACUACGACAAGCAAAUCGGAGUGUUCCGAAAAGGCGAUAGGGAGAUAAAGAUGCAUUACUCGCACCCUGUGCUGUAUAGUGCCUUGGGCUCGCAUGGCAUGUGGGACAGCCCAGGGGGACAUACCUAUAAGAAGCUGUUUAACGGGGAAAGGUUGAGGGAUUACACCAGCGCGGGGCAUAAGUGGUAUACCUGGGCGAACCUUGUUGUGACCCCGUACGGGCAGUGGAAUGGUCAGGCGUAUUUCUUUAGGUUUUCGGGGCGAUGGGGGAAUAAGAAACGCGGGUGUACGCUGUCGGAGAAGUUUGCGGGGGAAUGCAUCCUUAAUAGUGGACCGAUAGGCCCGGCUGAGAAAAGCACCAUGUCAAAAGACCCCAUCGAAUGAAAAGCAGAGGGCAAUUGAUAUCUGCCUGAAGUAAAAGGGACCUACAAGGGACCUCUUACAUGCAAAAAUUGACCUGUGAAUUGAAAUCAGUGAUUAAAUUGUUAUCUUGAAA